GUAGGACAAAGUUGAAAAAGCUGAGGCUCAGACGAAGUGCCGUCAGGGUCUAGGAUGGUGCCUGCCUGUUUAGGCCUAGUGCGGACCCCAGCGGAAUGAUGGCAUCACUCAUGUCGACUUGGAAGUCUAGCCCACCGAGGUGACUCCACCGCGAGCUACCUACAAAAUGUAGUCUUCUCCCACCACCGGCGUGACAACCAUUAGACACAUAAUCCCACGCUACCAUGUCGAACACAAACAGCACCAAGGAAAUCGCACCGUCAAUCGACGUGAAGAACCUCUGCUAUGCCUUCCCAGAUGGCUCCAGUGGGCUGAAGGAUGUCUUCCUCGACCUGCCGCCCGGCAGCAGAACACUUUUGAUUGGAGCUAAUGGUGCGGGUAAAACCACGCUUCUCCGCCUCCUCUCCGGCAAACGCAUGGCCCCCUCCGGCACUGUCCACAUCGCGGGCAUCGAUCCUUUCAAGAUGGGCCUCGAAGGCGUGACCUACCUCGGUCUCGAAUGGGUGCUGAACCCCAUCGUCCGUACCGACAUCGACGUGCCCACGCUUCUAUCCUCCAUCGGCGGUGACCACUACACCGAGCGCCGCGACGAACUCGUGCGCAUCCUCGAUAUCGACCUCAGCUGGCGCAUGCACGCCGUAUCAGACGGAGAGAGGAGACGUGUACAACUUGCCAUGGGUCUGCUGCGACCGUGGACCAUCCUGCUACUGGACGAGAUCACCGUUGAUCUUGAUCUGUUGUCGCGCAGCAACUUCCUCAACUUCUUGAAGAAGGAGACGCAGGAACGGCCCUGCACCAUCGUAUACGCGACGCAUAUCCUGGACAACCUCGCAACUUGGCCCACACAUCUCGUGCACAUGAGUCUGGGCAAGGUGAAGAAGUGGGGCAGCACCGAGGACAUGGAUGUCAAGGUCGAGCAGGGCGAGCGCAUGUACACCGGAAACAGUCAGCUGGGUGAGCUGGUGUUGAAGUGGCUGCAGGAAGAUCUGACAGAGCGGGGGCCCCGGAACGGGAAGGGUGAGGGCGCCUCGUAUCAAAACCUAGAGGGUAAGGGUGGUUAUGGGGCUGAGAAGAGGGUAGAGAAGGAGUAGUAUGAAGGGGUGGGAGAGCAUACAUCUCGGCAUGCUUCAACAAUGCGUGUCGGUGGAGUUUCAACAGGCGUUUAAGAGGCACUCAACGAUGAUACCCCAUCUUGUUCAACAACAGAAUUUCAUUGCACCUACGAUUCGCAUAUAUUCUUACGCGAUAAUUGCUCUUGAACCUUUCAAUCCACACGCGUGCCUCGCACAAGUAUAUAAGUGAUGUUCAUUGUCAACUAUCUCAAGAAUAUCUAUAUCCCUCAGAUCGUGG